AUGGAGGAGGAAAAGAAGACGACUCUCAAUGUGAUUUCUAGUUUUUUUAAGCACGGUAACAAGAAGCAAGAGGCAUGUGUAGAUACUAGUAGUGGUGGUGAUGCAGAUACUACUAUCGCGUGUGUAGAUGAUACUGCUAGUAGUAUCAAGACAACAAAUACACUGGAAGAUGAUGAAGAAGAAGACGAGUGGAUCUUGCUCCUUGAUGAAAGGAGAGCGAAUGUCCAACAAAUAUCAAUGUUCCUGAUUGUGCUUGGUAUCGCGCUGAUUUGUUUCAACUAUUUUGAUGUGGUCUUUACAAUAUUUGGCAAGGAAGGUGGUGCCAUUAUCUCCAGAACCCUUAACUUAGGGGCUGCAUUUGUUAUCACUGUUACUGGUUUAAUUGUUAGGGAGAAUUAA